CUCUCUCUCUCUCUCUCUCUCUCUCUCUCUCUGCGGUCGGUGCUGAUGAGUUCCGGAGCAGCAGGUCGGAGCAGCGCCGAUCUCUGGUCGGAGAUCGCGGCCGUCGACGAAGGAGAAGAGCAGGAGCGGUUGCGGCAGCAGCAGCAGCAGGGGCCCGGGAAACAGGCGGUUUACCGGAGGAGGAAGCAGGAGAGAGUCGGUAAGCAGAAUGUGGCGACUGGCAAGAACGUGGUCAAUGUGGCCCGGGUGAGUUUCGCGGGGAAUGGCAAGCGGGUCAGUUGGAACCGUUCGCUUUCCACCAGAGGGCGAACGAGUAUAGCUGUCACUGCUUGUGUAGAUCAUCGUCCUGAACAGAAGCAUGCCAGAAGGAAAGCGAAACCUCCUCUUCCAAAAGCAAAGGUCGUGCAUAGUUUCGAAAAGGAAAGGUCAUACUUUCAAGAGGUUGAUGCAUUCGAUUUGUUAGAGGAGAGCCCCUCUCCCAAGAAGUCUGCUACUUGGGUUGUUGGCAAUCAAACUGAAAGUUUUGUCAUACCUCACUUGUCAUCUAGGCUAGAGAAAUGGUUGAUAUCAAAGAAACUGAAUCAUGGUUGUGGACCUUCAAGCACACUCUCAAAGAUAUUAGAAACCCCAGCCAUGUUCUCAGGGGCGACGUUGGAGACGCCUAGUGGAUCUUUAUUGCAGAUCAAUUCCAGUAUGUGCCCAAGUUUGAUUUGUAAGAAUGAUCUUGAAAGGCAUGGUCAUUCUCAGCUUGGCAAACAGGAAUUGAAGGAUGUCACUGAUGAAAGUUGUAAAGAUUUAGAAGCUGCUGUUAGGAAGCUGUCUCUGACUUCAACUUGUGAUACAUCUGAUGGUGAUAACUGGAACCCAUUUGCUGCACUGCUUGCCGUUUGUGGGCAGACAGCUCCUUCAAAUCUUGUGGAUGUGUUCUCUAAAUUUUGUGCCCCCGAUAAUAUUAUCAAAAUUGGUGAGGGUACAUUUGGGGAAGCCUUCAAGGCUGGUAAUUAUGUGUGCAAGGUGGUUCCCAUAGAUGGCGACUUGCGAGUUAAUGGUGAAGUCCAGAAGAGAUCAGAAGAAUUGCUUGAGGAGGCUGUACUUUCUCAAACUCUCAACAGAUUAAGAGAGUGCAAGGACGAUGCUGAUAAUGCAUGCACAACAUUCAUACAGACAAUAGAUCUGAGGCUUUGCCAAGGUCCAUAUGAUGUGGAAUUGAUCCGAGCAUGGGAAGAUUGGGAUGAAAAAAAUGGUUCAGAAAAUGAUCAUCCCAAGGCAUUUCCAGAGAAACAGUGCUACAUGGUGUUUGUCCUUGAACAUGGGGGCAAGGAUCUUGAGAGCUUUGUGCUAUUGAACUUUGAUGAAGCACGAAGUCUACUUGUUCAGGUUACUGCUGCCCUGGCUGUGGCUGAAGCUGCAUACGAAUUUGAGCACCGUGAUUUGCACUGGGGGAAUAUCCUAUUAAGCCGGAAUGAUUCUAGGAUGCUGAAGUUCACGCUUGAAGGAAGGCAUAUUAAUGUCAAGACUUUUGGAUUGUGCAUAUCCAUAAUUGAUUUCACGCUUUCUAGAAUUAAUACUGGCCAAGAUAUACUCUUUCUGGAUCUAUCCUCAGAUCCUUAUCUCUUUAAAGGUCCAAAAGGAGAUAAACAAUCUGAAACCUAUCGAAAGAUGAAAGAAGUGACAGAAGAUUACUGGGAAGGAAGCUUCCCAAAAACGAACGUGCUAUGGUUGGUGUAUUUGAUUGAUAUAUUACUAUUGAAGAAAUCAUUUGAACGUUCUUCAAAGGACGAAAGAGAGCUGCGAUCCUUGAAGAAGCAUUUAGACAAGUAUGGUUCAGCCAAAGAAGCAAUUUCUGAUCCAUUUUUUGCCGAUCUGUUCGUUGACAGUGUAGUGUGAAUGGAGAAUUUGCCAGCAGUUUAUUUGUGAAAUGGGUAUUUAUUACGUGUAUAAAUCCAUAGAAAAUGCCUGUGAUUGCUCAUAUAGAAACGUGGAGUGGUACAUUACGGGGUCUUCGUGUAACUUUUACGAGAACCGGGUUGAGUUCAGGUAGGUUUUUCAGUAGGGUAUGCUAUGUUAUCUAAUGUAUGUUCAUACUUUUGCCAAAAAGCGUGGAUCGUUUUGGAGUUGUCACGGAA